UCCUGGAUCUGUGUGAGGUCUAUAUCUGUUGGUGUUCGGCUCUGCUCCAGAGCAUAGCCCUCGAAUAUUUAAUAUUUAAUAUGUGUUGACUAUAAGAAGCUCAUGUAAUGCACGCAGCAAGACGGCGACAGCAAUUGCCCAAGUCUGCAUCGGCCCGACUUAUUGAAGUGUAUCGCAUCGAACCAAACGUUCUCUGUCCUGAAACCCGAAGCGAAGACGGAAGCGACUGCGGAACACCAUCUCGCAUCGCAGUUGCUCUCUGUAACGCCAGUUGGGGCGUGUUGACGGACCAUCCUGCAAGCUGAGUUUACAGCAACUCUCCAAGUCAAAGUAUCCUGCUCGACUCGACAGAGCGCUGUCGCCUCACGUUGAAGGAAGAUGUUUUUUGCCAAGAGAUUCAUCAGUGGCGUCAUCGAUGUUGUCAGCAACAUCGACACAAACCAGUUUUUGCCUUCUGAUCCUCCUCCACCACGCAGGCCAGUUGUAUAUGCCGAGCAGCAUGAGAGCGACGAGGAGAAACAGUUCCGCAGGGUCUUCCAGCAGCUCGCCGGAGAGGACAUGGAAGUGAGCCCGACAGAACUGAUGGACAUCCUCAACAGAAUCAUUACAAAGCAUGGAGACCUGAAGACGGAUGGUUUCAGCAUUGAGUCUUGUAGGAGCAUGGUGGCAGUCAUGGAUAGUGACAGCACUGGGAGACUCGGCUUUCAUGAAUUCAAACAGCUCUGGGACAAUAUAAAGAAAUGGCAGGGAGUGUACAAAACCUAUGAUGCAGAUGGUUCUGGUGUCAUCGGAGCAGAUGAGUUGCCCAACGCGUUCAGAGCUGCUGGCUUCCCCCUCAAUGACCAGCUGUUCAGCAUGAUAAUCCGCAGAUACAGUGACGAAAGCGGCAACAUGGAUUUUGACAACUACAUUGGCUGCCUUGUGAGGCUGGAUGCCAUGUGCCGUGCCUUCAAAACCCUGGAUAAGGAUAACAAUGGGACUAUCAAAGUCAACGUUCAGGAGUGGCUUCAGCUGACCAUGUACUCUUGAGUCCAGAUGACGUUGUCCCUCCUGCUUGGAACCACUUUGUUUGUUUGUUUGUUUGUUUGUUUGUUUGUUUGUUUGUUUGUGUGUGUGUGUGUGUGUGUGUAGGUUUCUUUUUUUCCAAUUUAAUGCAAUACAGGCGUAGUGGGAUGGUUUGUCGUUCCAUUAUACUUGUGAGACAGAAAUUACUGUAUUGGCAACCUAGAAAAGCACAAACCUGCACUCACAAUCCCCAUAAGGUGCAUAAAGACAGGAUGCUGAAAUAGUAUCAUUUUGGUCAGCUCGUUUGACAUUUGCUUUUGAUCUUCCCUGUGCCCCGGAGGAGGCAGGCCAAUAUCUAAAUGUUUUAUACGCAGUGAAAAAUGUAAUGUGAAAAAGCAGUAAGCUCCACGUUUGUAUGCGGCUGGUCUCACAAAGAUUGUAUGUCAAGAGGGAUCUGUGAAGGUAGGCAAAUCAUAGUUUUUGCUCCGAGACAGUUUAACGCCAAAAUGCGGAUGUUGGACAAAUUUUUCUGUUGGAAUGAAUAGAAGUAAACAAUGCAAAGCUGUAACUUGGUUAACAAUGUUUCUAUUUAUCGUUUGGAAGGCCACCCGCACAGUUGCUGCCAUUGCUUUUGCCUAAUUAUAGCCUUCUCAGAACUAUGUGGGUGUGGUCUGAUGAUUGAUAAUGAUUGUUAAUGUACCCAAACUGCAAAUCAGUCCUUGCAGUUUAAAGGCUCGGCAUGCUGCAUGUUUUGUUUUUUUUUAAUUCAGAGAAUUACUCUAGCUCCAAAUCCAUUCACUUAUGAGACCCACAAGGGUGUAAGUUGCCCCACCCUAACAGGAGUGUCAAUACAUGUGUACACACCUGUGCGGCCCAGAGAAGAGGUCUAAAUGUGGGUAGAAUUAGGGAAACGGGUAUGGGUGGACCAUGUCUUUGCAGAGACUUUCCGCUUUGUAAAGUUAAACAUGAAGUUUGUUUAGUCUGACUCGACAUUCUCCACCGCUGUCAAUACCAUCUGUCUUGCAAGGGCACUGGUCGCUGUCCUCUGCUGAGCACUGCCCAAGAUGAUUGUGAUUGGUUUAAAGAAAUACAAACCAGACAGUUUUUUGGUAAUGUUGUGGAGCCAGACCUUCUUUUUGACCACAGUUCUAUUCAUUAACUUUGUGAAACCAGCUCCCAGAGAAUCACUGACUGGAGAUUAUUGUUCACUUAAACAACAAUGUGGGACAGCUUGCCUUUUUCUAUUUUAUUACUUAAAGUUUAAAAAAAUAAAUAAGGUAGAUGUGUAAAUUAUGGUACACUCUCACCGCAGCCUAUUGCAAGCAGAUCAUGGUUUAAUUAUUUGUUUCAGAGUUGCACUGUAUAUGCAUAGCUGGUGAGGAACGCCAGUGCUUUCUCCUUAUACUGAUAUACAGUACAUUAACAUCCCAAGAGGCAUUGCUUUGUUUGGGCAUGCUAAAAUGUUGCCAUUUCAAUGUUGGUAAUGCAAUUUGGACAUUGCACCCUCUUUUUCAGCUCACCAAACACUUUACUUAUCGCUGUGUACUUGUUCAAAAUGCCUGCACCGGAUAACGCCAGCACAAUGUGUACAUUUAUAAUAUAUAACGUGUGUAUGCCACUAAUGCAUGCAGCCAAGGGUAGAGAUGGCAUAAUUAAGUGUUCUUAACCAUGUAGUUAUAGCCACCGCCAUUAAACUGUUACUGUGCCAUAUUUGGAAUAAAAAGGGUAUGUUAAA